ACAUCCAGUCUGAAAAGCCGCAGGUUGUUACAUGCGUGUGUGCACACCUGACUCUUUACAUCCCAAUAACAUCCUCUUGUACAACUGACAGCAUCGCUGCCGGAGGUGUGAUGGAUGUCAACACCGCUCUGCCAGAAGUGCUGAAGACCGCACUCAUCCAUGACGGUCUGGCCCGCGGUAUCCGUGAGGCCGCCAAGGCCCUCGACAAGCGCCAGGCUCAUCUUUGCGUCCUGGCAGCAAACUGUGAUGAGCCCAUGUAUGUCAAGCUGGUGGAGGCUCUCUGUGCCGAGCAUCAGAUCAACCUUAUCAAGGUGAGGAAGCUAUGAGAUGCAUCAUUAUCA